CGAGCCAAUGUUGUACUGAUUGCGGUUCAGCGCUUAUUUAGGGGGCCCCGCAGCAGGUGCAGCUACCGAGAACUUGGAUAAAAGCUGAGGGAGGAGCUGAUAUGGCAACCAGACCUCCGAGCAUCAAGUCAUUUGCACAUCAGUGCCACCCCGUAACCAGACUGCUGGUCUUCACUUUGCCAGCAAACUGUCCCCUGUGCGGUCAGAAAGUCGACGCCUCUAGUGUGACCUCCCCCGUGGCUCAGUAUCCGUCCCCGUUUGUGUCAUCGUGUGGGGUGCCGUUCUCCGUUGUCAUCAAGCCAACAGUUGGAGAUUUUUUACAAUCCUACGGACAAGAUGACAAUUUGCAUACAGGAAUAACCACUUCGAAAGGAACUGUGUAUAGCUACGAUGAGACCGGGGUACAUCGAGAAUGCCUUGGUUGGUCGCAGUGUCUGACUGUUUCUCUGUUGGAGGAGUAUGAUGAAGAUCUAAGGAGUGGCUGGGAUCGGAGACUAGCAGGCAUGGACACAGAACCUGAGUGGCAGAAAGAAUGGUACAAAGACGACGGUCACAAUUGUUUCGACUUUGUCGUUGGUUUCUUAAACGCAAUUGGCUACAGGCACCCCCACCACAACCAGAAUGGACCAAUCACAAGAGAGGAUUUCUGCCGAGAUUUGAUAAUGCCGGUAACAUGCAGGGCGGCGGGAUAUAUUGGUAUCCACCGGAGUAUCGCUAGGUAUGGUUUCCUAGUUGAACAAGCAUCCAAAGGCUCAUGACAAUGGUCUUAAGCCCACAUCUGUGUACAUUUCUCACACUACCUGUGAAUGUGUUGAGUCACCCUGGUCACCUGACCAAAAGUCGUGAUCUAAUUGGUUAGUGCGGUAUGA